AUGCCUGCAACAGUGUCUGAUUUAAUCGUAGGCGGGUUUGGUUUAAUAUCAGUAAUAUCAGGUUUCUUCGGUUUAAUAUAUCCUGAAAUGAUAUUAGAAAUAAUGCAUUUAACUGUUGUUGAUCGAUCGGUACGUCAAUCGGCAGAUUAUACCAUAACAUUUUUAAUUUGUUUAUCAAUAGCUUCAUUUAAUAUAGGACUUUAUUAUUUAAUAGCAGUAUGGUACCGAUGGAAAAAAUUCUAUAAACUUACAGUUAUGUUUCGAUUUUUAACAUUUUUUGUAUUGGCUUUGACAAUUGCGAAUAAUAGUCUGCCAAAAUGUCUCAUUGCUGUGGCUGUCUAG